AUGAUUGAUGACUUAUUUUUGAUGAGAAGAAAUUUUUUGAAAGUAUGUUUAUUUUUUCAGAAUGAUGUAUUAUUUGAUAAUGAUUUGGGAUUACGGAUGAUUACUUUGAAUAGACCGAAAAAAUUAAAUGCUUUAACUAAAACAAUGAUAAAAAAUAUUUAUGAAAAGCUCAUAGAAUGGAGGCGAUCACCAUUGACUAUGAUUGUUUUACUUCGUGGAAUAGAUCAUCGGGCAUUGUGUGCAGGUGGUGAUGUUGCAGCUGUUUUAGAAAUGUGUCGAUCUGAUUCAGAAAAUGGGUAUAAAACAGCUGUUGAAUAUUUUGAGCAAGAAUAUCGUCUUAAUUACCUUAUUGCUACCUUUCGUGAAAAACCUUAUAUUUCAUUAAUGGAUGGGAUUACAAUGGGUGGAGGAGCGGGUUUAUCUAUUCAUGCACCUUUUAGGAUUGCAACAGAAAAUACUGUUUUUGCAAUGCCAGAAACGGAUAUUGGAUUUUUUCCAGAUGCUGGAUCGUCCUUUUUUUUAUCUCGAAUGGAUGGUGAAAUUGGAAAAUAUAUUGGAAUGACAGGUGAACGUGUUUAUGGUUUUGAUACAUUAAUUUCUGGCAUUGCUACACACUAUGUACCUUCAAAUAGAUUAGAAUCUCUUGUUUCAAGAUUGUCUGAAUUGAAUACUGAUGACAGUAGUAGCAUAGAAUAUUUUAAUAUUGUUGAUAGAGCGAUUGAUGAAUUUUCUGGCGAACCUCCUAGAAAUUAUAAGUAUGAACUUGGUGGAGAAAUACGUGAAGCAAUUGAUAGAUGUUUUAAAUUUAAAAAAAUUGAACAAAUUUUUAACGCUUUAAAAAAAGAAAAAACAGACUGGGCAGAAAUGACUAUUGGCAAACUUAACCAGCGUUCUCCUACUAGUAUUAAGAUUGCUCUACGUGAAAUACAAGAAGCAAAAAAAUGGAAUAUUUUGGAAGCAUUUAAUAACGAACUCAAUAUAGCUAGUCAUCUUCUUAGAAGACAUGAUUUCAUGGAAGGUGUUGAAGCAAAAUUAAUCCGAAAACCUCCUGUUUUACCUGUAUGGAAUCCGUCAAAAAUUUUAGAUGUUCCUGACAAAUUGAUUGACACUUUUUUUGAAAAUCGUGAUGAUGCUCCUCGGUUAAAUAUAUCUAAUGAUAUUUUGUCUGUUCACUAUCAAAAGUAUCCAUAUAAUUAUGGUUUACCGAAAGAAUCCGAUCUUGAAAGUAGUAUUCGGAAAUGUAUUCAUAAUAAAGUAUCGAUAGAUCUUAUUAAAGAUACAGUGUUUGAAAAAUUCUUUAAAUUAUGUCCAAAUAAGCCCGGACUUGGUAUAAAACUUGAUGAUAUUUUUUCUCGAAAACGGUUUCUAGAUCAGAAUAAGUGA